AUGGCCAAAUCCUCGCGCCGGCGGAUCCCCGCGUCGGGCGCCUCAACUCCCUCCGCAGGCCCGAUCGCUCCAUUCGUCAAAGCUCCCUCCACCCUCGCAUCCUUCCUCGAGCCGCUCUCCCCCCGAGAAGUUUACCUCGUCCACAUCGACACCACUCCUAUCGACGUGAAAUGGCAAGCUUUCCUUGUUCCUUGUGUCGUCAACACCAUUGUGACCGCCAUCCUCGCACUACGCGUCUGGAUGGGCCUCUCGACCUACCCAGCCCUGUUCGCGAUCGCCUUCGGUUCCGAUAGCUCGCUCAGCAUCGACUAUUCGCAGACCGGAUGGCUCGAGCUAGCCCGGAUCAUCCUGCAGCGCACCGGCGCGAUCUUCAUCGACUACUUCCUCGUCACGCAGUUCCUGCACUGGCCUGUGAAUUUCAUCUUCGGGCCCGUCCUCUGGCGCCGUGCGAUCGGGUUCCGCGACCGCGAGAUCGUCGUGCGCUGCAGCAAUCGCUCCUGGAGUAAGAAGCUGAAGCGGAAUACCUGGAUCCGGGACGAUGAAGCGAAUCGCGAUAAGAUCAUUGCGGCGGUUACACCCGAGCGCACGGGCAAGACGGGGUACCUGCUCGUGGACGAGGACUGGAAUCUGGACUACGCGGCCAUGACCCACGCACAGAAGCUGGUAGAUCGGAAUCGGAGAGGCGAUGGGGUCCAGCUGGACGAGUUCCGCUUGUCGGUGCUGGUCCACACUGACGCGGACGGCUGGUGCAUUUGGCGAGUUGCGGACGAGAAUGUCUCGCAUGACAAGGAGCGCUCUGAGCACCGCGACCAGAUCAUGGCGUUCAAGGAUAAGCUGACUGCUUUGGGUAAGGAAGACCUGUUCUUUCGGUGGGUGGAGAUUGUUCAGUGGGAGAGUUCACAGCCUGGUGGCUUUACGCCGGAGCGACAGAAGUCUGCGAUGCAGCAAGUGCAGCAGAUGUUCAAUGAGGCAGGUGUGGACUUCAGUAGCUUCUGGGAUGACCUCGGCGGCAUGACUGGUUUAGAGCAGUUGGAUUGA